AUGCCACUUAACCAACCUAGCAAUCAAAUAAAACUUACUAACGUUUCUGUGGUUCGUCUAAAGAAAGGUGGCAAGCGAUUUGAAGUUGCUUGUUAUAAAAAUAAAGUACUUGAAUACAGGACAGGAGUGGAAACGGAUUUAGAUAAUGUUAUUCAAAUCAAUAAUGUAUUUACAAAUGUAUCUAAGGGAGAAGUAGCUCCAAAAGACAUUUUACAGAAAUGUUUUAAAUCUGAGGAUUUAGAUAAAAUCAUUAAGGAGAUUUUGGAAAAAGGACAAUUACAAGUUAGUGAUAAAGAAAGAACACACCAGAUUGACAGUAUUUAUCGUGAAAUUGCUACCAUGGUUGCAGAAAAGUGCGUUAACCCUGAAACAAAAAGACCAUAUACUGUCACGAUGAUUGAAAAAGCAAUGAGUGAAUUACAUCUUUCGGUAAAUGUGAAUCGUAAUACAAAAUCACAAGUUUUAGAAGUUAUCAAACAACUUCAAGAAAAGAAAAUCAUUCCUAUUGCCCGUGCACAAAUGCGUUUAAGAAUUACUACUCCUAUCAAAGAAAAGAAAGUUAAAGAAAAAUUAACACCUUUGAUUUCUAAUAUUGAGGAUGAAAAUUAUGGUGAUGCGUACGAAUUGAUAUGUACAAUUGAUCCUGGACAAUUUAGAACCAUUAAUGAAUUAUUACAAUCAAAUACAAAUGGAAAAGGUCAAUUGGAAUUAUUAUCUUUAAGUGAUAUUACACGAUGA